AUGGCCACACCGACCAGAUCCCAGACUGUCUCUACUCCCAAACCUCAUCUUUCCACUCCUAAUAGACUGAUGGCCUCUCCGCGACCCGGCACCUCCGGCAACUCAAGCCGUCCUCUCGCCUACAAGUCACCCGCGGUCAAGACACCGGCCUCCCUUCAUGGCCAUCACGUCAGUGUAUCCUCACAACCCUCCUCCACCCCUCUAGCCGGCACCGCUGUCCACGACGAUCUCCUAGCUCUCAACUCCCCUGCUGCUGCCCUGAUGAACUCAUUGGGCACGACAGGGCUGACACCGCUGGGCAGUGCCGCGGACGGCUUGGGCAUUACAACACAUAUACCCGGUGGCCCUGCAAGGACCACUGCUGCACCUGUGAAUCCAGAAGUCGAACGCCUACAUCGCGCGCAACUGGUGGUGGAGACUCUGAAACGUGGUGUCGGCGGCCAUGGCAUUACUCGGGAAGGCGUGGAAAGAAUUGCUCAGCUACAGGGCUUCACUACUCUUUGGGACGAUGACAACCUGACGAUUGCAGGCAAUUGCGUGGACCUCGAAGUAAAUUUUGAAGCAGGCGGCAGAGACAACGUUAGGGACGUCAGUCUCAAGCUCAAUAUUUCGGAAACUGUAACGGAAACCGAGGAGCCUCAAUUCCAAGCACAAGGCACCCAAGUUAUCAAGGACAACCUUCACGGCGUUACCAUUGUCAAUGGUGUCUCGCAAUGGAGAAGCCUCGAUGCGUUCGCCUCCAAUUUGCAGUACCUCAGUCAACUCGAUAGAAUCGAAACAGGGUCACCAUGCUUCAAUGCCGUGGGAAAUCUAUACCAGACAUUCCGGCAAAUCUGGGAUGCUGAGAAGGCGAGAUUUCAAGGACGAAGCCCUUGGCAACAUCUUAGGCAGAGCGCCGUGGGCAGGCCUGUCAUCGACCGGAAGCCCAGAUUAGGAUUGGCAUUGGACUAUUGGACUUCCAGCCAAAGGCCAGGCCAGCCGCCCAAUGCAGCAGGACGCGAUGAAGUUGACGAGGGUGCCAAUCUAUACACGGCACAUAUUUCUUGCGAAGCCGGCUUGCCCUCGACUGCUGUCAUGGAGAAAUGGCUAUCGGACGGUAUUCUAGUUGAAGACACCAGCUCAAUGCUGAACUCCGAGGCGGUGAAGCCAAGGCCGGACUGGAGAAUGCCUGCCCAUGAUCCAGAAGCACUUCUAGCUAAGCCAGACAGUGAUGGGACAGCGAUGGAGAAACCUACAGACAACUCGUCCAAUAUCCUGGACUUGCACUUCUAUUGUGACCUUGGCCCUGAAGUCUACCUGCCUCUCAAUGUCGCGGCCAACCUGAAUGUGGAGAUCACCAUGGUCAACAUCGACCAGGAGUCCACCUUGACCUAUCAGGCAGCCCUGCACAAGCAAGCCGAUGCUAGAGACGUCGAUGGCAACGGGAGCGCCUCUGCAGAACGGUGGCUGAGGUGUUUGCCUCUCUCGGAUGCUACAAAUCCAGACUGUCCGCGGAAGCAUUCCUAUGCUCUGCACUCUGCACAAAGCGCUACAGCCCUCUGGUGUUUUCCUGUCAGACAUCUUAACUUUACCCAUCCCAAGCAGAUUGCCGCCGCACUGCCGAUCUUCCGGCAGUAUGUCGUUCUGUGGCGCAUGCUUCAGAGCCUUGUUGAGUAUGCAGGCCAGGGAGAGACCAUAGGCUCAGGCCAAGGUGCGCCUAAAGGGGGAAGUUCAGACGCACACGCUCGACCUCUAAAGCGUACGAACAAAAAGGCACCGGACUUUCAGGUGGAGGACCUUCUUCAAUUGACCAACGUACCGAGCGCUGAGGAGCCAUUGCCCAUUGACUUGACGCUCGACGUUCUCUCAGACAUCUCAAAGGCCAAACUCGAUCUUUACGUUCCGUUGGUCAGGUCAUAUUCACGACAGCAGAAGAGCUCGUUCAUCUUCCUAAGCUUAUGCAUCUGUCAAGACGGAGUAAUCGAAGUCCGCGAUUUACGUGGAUUGCCCUCCUCGCUCGGUGAUUCAUCAAACAUCCAGUCAAAAGUGAUUCGAGUUCUGGAGGCGACGGAAGAUAUCGGCUUGACAGUUGAGUGGCUACUGGAGCAAGCUUCUGCGCAUUCAUGA